GGAAAUGGUUUCCAAGUGUUGUGCAUGAAAAGAGGGUAUGAUGGAUGCCACUCAGCAGAUGGAGGAUCCCCUCUUUGAAGAAGAGGAAGAGGAAGAAGAGGACAAAGAAGGACCGAAAAGAGAACAGUUAGCAACAUUAAAGGUGUUUAAAAAUGACCACAUACCAGAGGCAGAAUUUCCUCUCUAUGUCGGAGAAAAUAUCUUGGGUCGUGAUCCUGCUGCCUGUUCUGUUCUGCUUCCGGCCCGAUCUGUGUCCAGCCUGCAUGCUGUCAUCUCCAUCUCUGUAUUUCUUUCUAGCAAACGUUCUGAUAACGGUGAUGCUGUGGAAGCACUUAUAUGGGACAUGGGAAGUUUAAAUGGUACCAGAAAGGGCAGAUUAAAGCUGACACCUCAGGUAAGAUACGCUUUGACCGAAGGAGAAAGUGUGGUGCUCGCUGACGUGCCUUGUCAGUACAUUGGCCUGGACAUCUCCAAGAGAGAUGCAUUGGAAACUCCAGAAAAAGGAGUGUGUGCAAAGGAGAAAAAAGAAAGUCCGGUGCUACUGAGUAGUGACCCAAAGUUGAGGAAAGGUGUGCAGAAUGGGUUGAAUGACAAAGAGAAAAUUGCUUUGCCUCCUGUGCCUUUAUGGAGCCCUGAAGAAGGAGAAUCCAGCAUAUGUUCACCACAGUCAGCUCACAAACAGCCUGAGAUCACCCUGGUGCCUGAAUCAGACUCCGAUGGAGAGAGCGCUACAGAUGAGCGGAAGGAUUUUGUUUCAGACUCUGCGUCAUCUUCUAAUCUGUGUAGUUCCGCAAAUUCAUCCUUCCUGACCCCUGCAAAAAAAAUUAUUCCAGAGAGUGAGGAUGAGAGCUCAUUCACUCCAUCUUCUGCCUCAAUGAACCGAUUCAGACUGAGUGAAAGUAACGGUGAACCCAGUUCAAACUCAUCUAAGCAUGGCCCCUUAGCCCUAAACUUGGACAGUGGCACUGAUUUCGAGGAAGAGGAGAUGAAGAAAAGCAAGACUGAACUAUUGGCUACGCCAGAAUUAGCUGCAAGAAUAGAACCAGCACCUUCAGCAGAAUUUCACAUGGACAGUGAUACUGAUGUUGAGGAAGAGGAUGCAGAGACGGGUAAUGCUGGACCAGAGGCUCGGCCAGCUGAGAAGUCUGUAACUUCAGCUGGUCUACUUGUGGAUAGCGAUACUGAUGUUGAAUCUGAACCAGAGGCUCAGAUUGAACAAUCUCCAAAGGUGGGUCCAGUAUCUUCAGCAGAUCUUCAUAUGGAUAGUGAUACUGAUGUUGAAGAAGAGGAGGAAGACAAAAGCAAACCUGACCCACUAGCCCAGACUGAAACUCCAAAGUUGGCAAUAGUCUCUUCAGCAGAUCUUCAUAUAGACAGUGAUACUGAUGUUGAAGAAGAGGAAUCAGAUGCAAGUAAGGCUAAACCAGAUGCUCACAAAGCAGUAACUCUUGAUAAACCUGUAUCUUCUCCUGGUCUUCAUAUAGACAGUGAUACUGAUGUAGAAGAAGAUGAGGAACAGAAAAGCAAGACUGAACAAAAGGCUGAAAUAAUUAAAUCAGUAGCUUUAACAGAUCUUCAUAUGGACAGUGAUACUGAUGUUGAGGAAGACGAGCCAGAUGCACGUAAUGCUAAGCCAGAGGCUCUUGAUAAAUCUGAAUCUUCAGUUGGACAGCUUCAUAUGGACAGUGAUACUGAGGUUAAAGAUGAUAAUCCUGGGCAGGUUCCGCAACCCAUUGCAAAUAUAUUUGAUGUCAGACCUACUAUGUCAACUCCAGGGUCAGAGCUUAACAUGGACAGCGACACAGAUGUGGAUGAAGAGAAUAAGGAAAAGACCAGAGAUUUUCUGUCAAACAGUGAAACUGAUGAUGAAGAUCCUUUUAAACCUGUAGAAAGAAAGGUUGUCGAGGGUCAGAAGGCCUCUCAUGGAGGCGGCGAAGGAGAGCAGUCUGAAGAGAGCAUCCUUAAAAAACAAGAUCAACAUUCCCAAGCAAAGGCUAGUCUUGAGGAACCAACCCAAGCUUUUGGCCACUCUGAAGAUGACUGGGACUUUCUAUCCACACAAGCAUACGGAGCUGUCAGUACAAAGCGGCUUGAACUUGAGGCUACACAGGCAUUUGAAACAGAGACAGACAGAGAGGAGGAUCAGGAGGAGCCACUGAGCCAUAUACAACCCUACACUAACCUCUCUACUGCUGAAACUCAACUCAUCCCUGUAGCAAAGCCUGGUGAUUAUGCUGAGGAGGAGGGUGAAGAGACACCAAAUGACUCUCACCUUUCCACAGCAGACACAGUAAUCAUUGCCAGCACCCCAAGAAGAGAGGAGCAGACUCAGGCCUUUUCUCUCUUCACAGCCCAAACACAGCUUGUCUGGGAGGGAGAAGGCCAAGAAGUUGAUCAAAGUGAGCCCACCCAGCUGAUAGAAGCUGACACAAAUGAUGAUAUGCAGGAGGGUGAAAAUGAGGAAAACAUUAAACUAGAGAUGAAAACCCAUGGUACAGGAGCAGUACACAAUGGUAAAAACUCCAGCUCCUAUCUUAUCAUUGCUGAAACUCAGCCCAUGUGUGAGGAUGAGGAGGCAAUAGAUCUGAGUGGGAACGACUUUCAGAAACCAAGUACGAGAAAACAGGUUAAGAAAUACGAUUCUUCACAUUGUGAUAAAAACAUUCCCAGCUCCCAUGUCACCAUAGCAGAAACACAACAAAUGUGUGAUGAUGAAGAAUUACCAGGUCAGGAUGAUGUAUUGAGCAGUGUUCAAACAGAAAAACAUUUCAGUUCCCAUAUCGCAACUGCUGAAACACAACCAAUGUUUGAGGUAGAAGAGGUGCAAGACGAUGACUUAAAAACUGAGGUCAGCAGAAGACAAACAGACAAAGAUGAACCUGUGCUUAAUACUGAAGAAGCUUCGACCUCUUAUAUUUGCAUCCCCAAAACACAACCUGCUUGUGAAGAAAAUGUAAGACAGGAGCUCAGCUGCAAGACAUCUAGCAGAAGAUCAUGCAGGGGUCUAUCAAAAAAAGGUAAGGAGGUUCCACAGCCUGAUGAAGCUGUUGUCAGUCACGCUAUGACAGAAGCACAACCAAACUGUGUGGAAGAACAAGCACCAGAUGACAAUCUGAAGGUUGAAGUCAGCUCUGAGAGUAUAAGUCAACAAGCAGGUGAGUUCAAGUCUACAGAGCUUGCUGAAACACAGCCUAUAAGUGAUGAAAAGGAAGCACCAGGAGAAGAUAUGUCUGAUGCGGCUAGAACCAGGCAGGUAGAUGAAGAUAACUCCAUAGAAUUCCAAAAACCCUCCAGCUCUUAUGUCAACAUAGCUGAAACACAGCCUGUGCUUGAGGAAAAUGAAGAACAGGAGAAAAACUUCAGCAACAAGACACCAAGCAGAAGAUCAUGCAGAGGAAAGCUGAAGAAAGAAGACGAGGUUUCACAAACUGCUGAAACCCAACCAAUUCCUGAAGAGCUUAUUGAAAGAGCUGAGCUAAAUAGUGAAGUAAAAUCCAGGAGAUCCCGCAGGACAAGAAUUAUAAAGGAAGACAAGGUUCCACAACCUGCUGAUGCUGUUGUCGGUUCUGUUUCCACUAUCACAGAAAUGCUGUCUGUUUGUGAGGAUGGGACUGAAAGAGAUGAAGAUCUGAAUUUGAUUAGAUCCAAAAGAUCCUGCAGAGAACGACAAAUAGAUGAAGGUGAACCUCCAAAGUCUGCUGGUCUCGACUCUGAGGAAAAUGCCCAAGAAGAACCUAGCAGCAGAACUAGCAGGAGACAGAGGAAAGAUAAGGCAAAGGAGGAGAGUGCAAUGCCUGCAUCUAGUAAAGCCCACGUUAAAAGUAGAAAAGUGCAGGAUGGAAAAAGAAAGAGGCAGAAAGAAUUGUCAGAGGAUGAGGUAGAAAGUGAAGAGGAAAAAAUCAUAAGGAAAGGAACCAGAAGAACAGGUUUGAAACAAAAGUGUAGUGAAGAGGAAAAAGUGGAGGAUAGGAAUGCCCAGGAAGAGAAAGAAAAAAUGAAGAAAGAACAGGUGGAGAAAGAGAGAGUACAGGAGGAAAAUGAGAGAAAGGAGAAAGAAGAACAUGAAGAGAGGGAAAGAGCUGAAACUCAAAGACAAAAGCUAGAACAAGAGCAGAAAGAACAAUUGAAAAGGGAAGAAGAUGACAAAAGACGAGAAAAUGAGAGAAUGCAGAAGGGAAAAGAUGAAGAAAGAGAAGAGAAGGAAAGGUUGGAGAGGGAGAGAAACGAGCAAGAAGAACAAAGACAAAAAGAGGAGGCAAGAAUUCAAAAAGAGAAGGAACAAAAAGAAAAGGAACGAUUACAAGCAGAGAAAAAACAAUUAGAAAAGGAGCGGCAAGAAAAUGAGGCAAGGGUACAAAAAGAUAGAGAGGAGAGGAACCUUAAGAAAGGACAAAAGAAUAAGCAGUUGGACAAGGACAAAUCUGAACUAGAACCUACUCUAGUUCCUCCAGCCAGGCGAUCACGCCGCUGUUCAAGCUCUUCUCUGAAUUCUGAUCAGUCUGCAACCUCACAACAGGAGCCAUCCAGCCAGAGGGGCAGAACACGGGGUAUAGGACGGGGCAGAGGGAAACAGACAGUUGGCGAGCAGCCCAUCAGUGCUAGACAGUCUAGCCGUAGAGGUCCAGCUUUUGAAGUGGAAGACACAGAACAAGACUCCAGUUUAACAACCCGAUCCCGAUCUCGCUCCAGUUCUAGAAGUUCUGAGAGAUCUGCUAAUAGUGUCCAGUCCUCAAAUCAAGGGACAAGAGGACGAGGAAGAGGCAGGAAGAGUGUGAAUUUACCACAACCCGAGGAAGUUUCUCAGGCUAAACCUUCUGGAAGAGGCAGGGGGAGAAGAGGCAGGCCUUCUGGUGUGGAAAAUGUAGAUGUCGGAAUGAGCAAUGAGCUUAAACAAGAUGCGGAUAUGGUGGAAGGCAAUACUGCUGUUCCCCAAAUUAACAACAGAGGUCGCAAGAGAGCAGCCAACACAAGCACUACUGCAGAAGAGGCUCCUUCUCCCACACCCAAGACUCCACGGCGCUCAUUGGCCAGUCAGGCACACAAGGUGUUGUUCACUGGACUGACAGAUGAGAGUGGAGAAAGAGUGGUUGCUCGGUUGGGUGGAACUCUGGCAAAAGGGGUAAACGAUAUGACUCACUUGGUGACUGACAAAGCAAGACGCACUGUUAAAUUUUUGUGCGCUGUUGCCAGAGGGGUGCCAAUCGUGACUCCUGACUGGCUAAAGAAGUGUGGAAGAGCUGGCCAUUUCGUUGCUGCUGAUGAAUAUAUAUUGAAAGACAUUGAGCAGGAGAAGAAGUUUGAUUUCUGCUUAGAGAAGUCAUUGCAAACUGCACAAAGUGAAUCUCUUUUAAAGGGUUAUGAGAUUCACGUAACCCCAUCAGUGAUGCCAGAGCCAUCUCAAAUGAAAGAAAUCAUAACCUGCUGCGGAGCACGUUUCCUUCCCAAAAUGCCCUCCGCUCAUAAGGAGCACGUUGUUGUGGUGUCAUGUGAGCAGGACCGAGGGCUUUGUGCGAAAGCAGUGGGUAUGUCAUUGCCCGUGGUCAGCACAGAGUUCCUAUUGACUGGCAUUCUGCAGCAGAGAGUUGACCUGCAGGCCUAUUCUCUCACUUCCUCCCUCGACACGUCCAAUCAGCCUCCAGCCCCCAAAAAAGCUGCUGCAAGGGGCCGUAGGAAGUAGCGACGGUGACUCAGGAAAGGGCUUUUUGUGUUAUACAUUUGUGACAUUUGAAGAUUUAAAUUCAUAUAGCUGAAGAUGAACGUGACAUAAUGUGCCAGUUUUAUGAAUACCACAAUGAAAUAGAUAAAAAAAAGUGCUAUGCUGCUAUGCUUGGAAUCACACACCCGCAGUUUCCUGUGAAUGUGAGAAAGUGUGAGGUGGCUGUCAAUGAAUGAUGAGUGUGUUAGUGAUGGAUAAUUUAACUCAUUUCAGUAUUUUUUAAAGAAAUCAUUUAAGUAAACCCAAUCAAAGCCUAAAUUAAAUAGAUAUUGUGCAUUUUUGCAACACCCCUAGCGUUACAAAUGCAGAUAAAUAAAAAUAAAAUGGAGAUUUAA